AUGUCACAAUGUGCCCGAACAGCACCAACAGAACGUCUAAAUCCGAGAACGUGUUGCUCAAUGUCAACUUUUUGCAAUCUUCUUAGCUUAUGCUCAAUUAGCUAUGCUUAUGCACAUCCACCCACGAGAAAGGAGAUCAAGUUCAAGCAAGUUUCUGAACGACCUGCUAUCACCACUAAUCAAAGCGCUGACAAUGUUGCACAAGUGAUACUUACCACAAAACCAGGCUCACAACCAGUGCAAAAAUCAGCAGGACCGUUUACUUUUGUGCGAGAAAAAGAUCUGCAUGAAAUCGUCAACCAUCAUCCAGACCGCUUACCCCUUGCCGUCUACAAGAUAAUUACAAAGUUUACCAAUACUAAGCUGGAUUUAAAGAAGAUAGUCAUGGAAAACAACCUUAUGAGCCUAAAAGGGUGCGAAAAGUAUUCAGCGUGGCUGGGCAACCCUCGCUGCUUCGAAACUCAUCAAAGUAUGGCGAAAGUGCAAAAUGACGUCUUUUGUGAUAUCCAUCGAUCAUCCCUUCAUAACACAUACCAGCUAUUCGUAAGUUAUGUAGCUACUUCACAACAAAACUUCACCAUUCCACAACAACAUAAUCAUCAACGCGAAUAA